AUGGCACCGUACGUGGUGCUUUCGGUGCUAGUGCUAAGUGUAACGCCACUGUUUCUGCCACCCACCGAUGCGAUCGUGCGCGGUGAACGUGUCCGCAAGCGGGGGAUGUUCCCGUUUGCCGUUUCGUUACAGCUGGCCGAUGCAAACUGGACACACUUCUGUGGCGGUACGCAUCUGGGCGAGGGCUGGAUACUAACCGCGGCGCACUGCAUCAUACCGCUGCGAAAGGGCAAUCUAACGCAAAUGGUGGCGGUAAUUGGUGGCGCCAGUCUGGACGAUAGUACCGUCGAACGUUUACCCAUCGUUGAGACGCACCUGCUGGAUAGUUACAAUCCCGUAACGAUGGUAGGCGAUAUCGCAUUGCUUCGGGCAGCGUUACCAACGACGCCGAGCAGCAAGCCGGAAGGCGAUACACAGUCAACGUUACGCCUACCGAACGACACCUAUCAUACGGCUGCUAACGGUGAGCUGUGUUACAUCUUCGGCUAUGGGUCCGGCUCGUACGAUGGGCCAAUCAGCCGAACGCUCCACUACGGUACGGUGCUGGCCCUCGAGCUGGACCGAUGCAUUGGAAUGAUGGGAGCGGUCGUAGCGCCACCAACCGACUCUGGAAUGUUUUGUGCCAUCGGGCGGUCCGAUGCUUGCAAGGGUGAUUCCGGCGGAGGCUACGUGUGCCAGCGCCCACCGUCCACGCAGUUUGUGCUGCGCGGCGUCAUCUCGUACGGGGUCGGCUGUGGGGCACCGGGAACGCCCGGCGUCUACACCGACGUUGCCUACUAUCUGCGCCAUUUUCCGAUCGGUCCGACCGGUUCGGCUUAA